AUGCCAUUUGUUGAUAAAACCGAAGAAUUUUUUAAAAUUGUUGAAAAGCUAGCUAAUAAUAAUAAUUAUAAUAUUAAAAAAGAUCGAAGUAUAACACAAGAUACUCAAGUUGGAGAAUUUGCAUCAAAAAUAACUGAGUUGCUACAAACUGGAAAUCAAAAGCUGUACAACUUGGAGCGAUGUGUCAAACAAAAGGGAAUAUUUAAUGAUAAGACUCAAAAAAUAGAAGAACUGACUUAUGAAGUCAAACAAAUUAUUACAGAUUCAACAAAUACUCUAGAUUCUUUAACACAUUAUACAUACAGCUUAAAUAUUAGGAACCCACAAUGUCGGACACACAUAGAUAAUAUUAUAUCCUCCUUGAAAAAUAAAGUCUUUGACUUUACCAAAAAAUUUAAGGAUGUACUUCAUAUUCGAAGUGAGCAUAUAAAAAAGCAAAUGAACAGAAGGCAAAUGUACUCAUGCAUUUCAACCGAAUCCGCAUUUAGCAAUGAAAAUUAUAAAUUUACACCUCUACGUGAUGACAUAGAUAUUGAAGGAGGGGAACAGCAAGUCUUGAAAACGCAAGAGAGAUCAUCUUAUUUGCAUUCAAGAGCUGAUGCAAUGGAAAAUAUUCAAAAAGUUAUAGGAGAUUUAGCACAUAUGUUUCAAAAAGUUGCUACUAUGGUAACUCAACAAGAUGAGAUGAUAAAACGAAUAGAUGAAGAUUUAGAUAUUUCUUUAACUAAUACAAGGGAAGGACAAAAUUACCUUUUAACAUAUUUUAACAGACUAACAUCUACUCGGACUCUCAUAUAUCAGGUCUUUUUCUGUAUAUUUGUCCUUAUCAUAUUUUUUGUAUUAUUUUCAUGA